GCCAGAACGCACGCGCCUCCGCAGUGUUUUAAAUUGAAAAAAAAAACAAAAAUAACAAUGAUCAUAGUGCGGAGGUUUUUCGCUUGGAGAAAUGGAUCGAGGUUCAAUCAGUACUUGAUGGCUGUUAUAUUAUCGAUCCCUCUCCUUUGCUUCGGCAUGAUCCAGGGUUGGCUGUCUCCGAUGAGGAGGAUCCUAGAGUCUUCAGAGAACCCGAUAGACCACCCGUAUACCAAGGAUGAGUAUUCCUGGGCGGCAUCCGUUACGUAUAUCACAGCAAUCAUACUCGGACUUCCCCUGGGUUACUUCAUGGACAGAUUUGGUCGAAAAUUCAUGAGUCUGGUCACUAUAUCGACAAUAAUGGCAUAUUGGCUGAUAAAAAUAAUAAGCCUAGAGCCUUCGUCGUUCAUAAUCGCCCGCGCCGUGGCAGGAUUCCCCUGCUCGGCCGUCUACAUCAUCAUGCCUUGCUACAUCAAGGAGAUCAGCGACAUUGACCUUCGGAGUGCCUUUGGCUCACUCUACAUACUGAUCAGAAACGUCGGUUACCUGACAAGCUACGUGCUCGCAGAUCUGCUGAGCGUUUACGCCAUGCUGUGGGUAGGCUUCGGAGUGGCAGCUGUUAUAUUUCUACUGUUCCUAUUGCUGCCAGAGACGCCUGAAUAUCUUAUCAAGACGGGGAAGGUUGACGAGGCUAAGGAAGUGAUGGCCUGGCUCCGCGGCGUCAGCGUGACGGACGACCGGCUGGUCCGCGAUAUUGACACAAUCGUCUACCGGGACAAGCAGACCACUAUGGAAGCCAAGUCUACGUGGGGCACUAUUUUCCACGAUGCGACCACCAGAAAAGCGUUCAUAAUAUCGUGGGUCAUCAAAGUGGCGCAGCAGUUCGACGGGUACCUGAUCGUGCUCAUCUACGCCAGCUCCAUCUUCGACGUGGCGGCAGACUCCGUCAACUUCAAGCUGUCUGCCAAUCAACAGGUUAUGGUGGUGGGGGCAGUUCAGCUGGUGGGCUCCAUGUCUGCCACGGCGCUCGUCGAGAAAACAGGGACGAAGAAACUGCUAGUCGGCACAUCAUUCACAAUGGGCGUGGGCAUGGGCAUACUAUCCAUCUGGUUCUACCUGACGGCAUCAGGCUGGAGCCUGCCUGGCUGGAUCCCGGUGCUGGCUCUGUGUCUCGCCAUCGUCUCUGACGCGGCUGGCUUCCAGCCCGUCUCCUACAUUGUUAUCACUGACAUGUUUACUUUCCAUCUCCGUGGUCAAGUCUCCUCCUUCAUCAACGUGUGCGGGAAAGGCGCCAACUUCAUCCAAAUCAAGGGCUUCCACGCCCUCAACCAAGCCAUAGGCAUCCAGUUCACCUUCCUAAUCUUCGCGCUCAUCUGCUUCGGAUCCUGUCUGUUCUCCAUCAUCUUCUUCCCUGAGACCAGGGGACGGUCCAUCGAUGAGAUAUAUAAGGAGCUUGCUGGGAAACAUAAGAAGGACGAUAGUCAAAAUCAACAAGUCUGAGCAUAGACUAGGAAUCCUCUAGGCUGAGUUUAGAGCAAUUAUUUCAUGAAACCGAUGAUGCCAAAAAUACGGAGGUGAGCGAAGGUGAGCGAAGUUCCGUGCCGUGAUUUGUCCGUUCAAAGACACGGACGUCACACAAAGACACUUUCGAAUCGAACAUGGAGUAAAUUUACCGUAUGCGUGGCAGAGGGGGUAGCGCGACUAUGCUCAGUCUGGAGGAUGUUUUGUCUGUGGGUCUGAGUUUAACUCAGGGCUCGGAAACCGUUUUAUUUUUCAAACCGGUUUCGUUCAUUCACCCGGGAACGGAAAGGAUUUCGUUUCCGUUUGCGGUUACCGGUUGAAGAACAGUUCUCAUGAGAUACUGAUUUAUGCCAAAUUCGCUCGCCUUCCGUUUUUGUGGAACGAAAUUAACCGGUUAAUUGAAAAUAUCGAAGCGAGAUAGAACGAGGAAGUAUUGCUAUCUCUUUAACGAAUAACAACGAGUUUAACCGAGAGUCUUCAAAAGCCAAGAGUAACUGGUAUUAUGUCGUUCUCUGCGAACCAUAAAAUUCCGUUCUCUCUUGUUACCGGUUAGGAGAGGAUGUAAUUUUUUAGUUCGCGUUCCGUCAACUAACCGGUUUUUCUAUGAAAUAAUGAAACGGUUUUGGAACGUUAUUAACAGGUAUUUUAAUACCGGUUCCGAGCCCUGGUUUAGCUAGUCUAAAAAUAAGUCGAUUUUGCUGAGUGUACCAAGGAGUGACAAGCUACUUAGAUGUGUGGUACUAUAUUUCCUAAACUAGUAAACCAAAGAGGAAAUGUUGAUUUAAGAGCAUUGCAAUACAUUGAGCAUAAAUGAACCCUUUUCAAGGCCGCAACAAUCUACAGUCGCCAUCAGAUAUAUCGGAGCGGCCAAGGUGUUCACAAAUAUCUGAACACGCCUCUA